AUGCCUCCGACGACCUAUGUUCCUCUUCGAAUUUUGACGUAUUCGCCUAAGAAAGGUGACAUUCGUGCUUUUCUUGAUGGGAUACCAGUCGCUAACAACGGGCGACAAAGUGGAGAGUGUAGUUACAAUCUUAUCUAUAGGACCAUUCAUGGCGGAUGUGGUGAAAGAUGUGAACUAGUCGCUCGAGGCUCUUUUCGUUCAUAUAGUGGUGCCUGUUAUGCUAGUCUUAAAGCCACAAUUCUUCCGCUCACAUGUUCUGUACUGACUACGUUUCAGUUUGCGUUCUCUUCUCUACACUAUUAA